AGGGAGAUGACAAAGGAGGAUGUUUUAGCAUCUGUGGAGGAAGAUGCUACCCAGGGAUGCCUCAUUACAUGCUCUCCCCAUCAACGGCCAGUCAUCCACCAGGUGGCCUCUGCACCAAUGCCUGACGACUGUGAAUUCUCCUUCUUUGACCCCAGCGAGCCACAGUGCAGGGAGGUUCUGGAAGAGCCCAGCACCACAAUACCAGAACUGUUUGCUGUCCUGAGGCAAUGGGUUCCCCAAGUUCAGAAGAACAUUGAUCUGAUUGGCAAUGAGAUCCUAAACAGGGGUUGUGGUGUAAAUGAUCGGGAUGGUCUGACAGACAUGAGUCUUCUUCACUACUGCUGCAAAGCUGGGGCUCCAGGCAUUGGUGAUGCAGAUACAGCUGCUGGUUUUGCCCGCCAGCUUAUUGCCCUGGGAGCUGAUCCUAACCUCCGCUCCCGAUGGACUAACAUGAGGGCAUUGCAUUACGCUGCCUACUUUGAUGUACCCCAGCUUAUUCGUGUGGUAUUGCAGGCCUCUCAGCCAGGAGAUAUUGAUGCAACGUGUAGUGACUUUGACUUUGGCACCGCUCUGCACAUUGCUGCAUCUAACCUGUGUAUGUCAGCUGUCUCAUGUCUCUUGGAGUUGGGGGCCAAUCCUGCUUUCAAAGACGAUAAAGGGCAGUACCCAGCGGAUGUUGUUCCCGAGCCCCUUGACAUGCCCUUAGAGAUGUCAGAUGCUGCUGCCCUGGCCAAAGAGCUGCAGACUUUACUAAGGGAGGCUUUGCCACAGCCGAGCUCCGUGCAUUUAACAGCGCAAGUCCAGACCCCUCCUGCUCUUUCUGACAAAGCCAGGUUGAAACUUGCCUCAAUAGGAAUCCAGCUUGGUGACCGUGUGAUGAUUGCUGGACAAAAGGUUGGAACCCUUCAAUUCUGUGGAAACACAGAGUUCUCUGGUGGUCUCUGGGCUGGAGUAGUGCUUGACAAACCUGAGGGGAAGAAUAAUGGCUCAGUAGCAGGCGUCCAGUAUUUUACCUGUCAGCUCAAACAUGGUGUAUUUGCUCCGCUUUCAAAGAUAAGCAAACCUUUGGAAAGAUAUAAAAGUGCCAAUAAGAUGUCUACACCUGCACGCCAACGUCACAUUGACCUUUCACCCAUUCCCUCCAAAAGUAGCACAAGGUUAGGUGGUCUUUCCCAGUCGCUCUCCUCUUCAUCUUCCUCGGUGGAAUCUCGUCAUGGACGACGUCCUCGACCUCGACCCCAUCACAGGCAGCGUCUAACUGCCAGGCAACAACAGGAAAAUAUUUCUCAGAGUCCCGCAGCCACUUCUUCCCUCGGCAUCUACUCUUCUGCUGGCAUGGCUAUAAAUGCUACAGCAGGCUAUCGAAGCCAAACUCCUUCAGCUAAGAGCUCUAUGUAUGGAGAAACUGACGUACGCCCGGGGGACAGGGUGCUGGUCGUUGGCCAAAGAACUGGUGUAGUUCAUUUCUAUGGCAAGACAAGUUUUGCUCCAGGGCACUGGUUAGGCAUCGCACUGGAUACACCAAGUGGGAAGAACGAUGGAUCAGUGGGGGGUGUGAGAUACUUCAACUGCUCACCAAGACAUGGUGUAUUUGCUCCUCCAUCUCGUGUUCAACGGAUCCACGGAUCUGUUGAUUGCCUCUCAGAGCUCUCUUCGUCACAUCUCAAUCAUACAUCAAUCAGCGGGGUGAUUCGUCGCAGUUUCAGCACAUCAUCUGCCAUUGCUCCACCUAAAGAGAAGAACAGAAGAAGCCCUGUGCCCAGGAGUCGAUCCAACCCUCAUCGUCGGCGCUGGAGCACAUUGAGCGGAGGCAGCAGCAGCAUCAGCAGCAUGCCCAGAAGUACCGCUGGGACUGUCUACAGGUCUGACAACCAGGUCCGCCUCCACGAGGGCAUGCAGGUCCUGUUGAACAGUGCCAAUGAAAUGGCCUCCAUCCGUUACAUGGGCACAACUGACUUUGCCCCAGGCCUUUGGCUGGGUCUGGAGCUGCGAGGCCCUAAGGGAAAGAACGAUGGUUCUGUAGGCGGCCGUCGCUACUUCACCUGCCGCCCAGGUCACGGUGUGCUUGUUCGACCUAGCCGUGUUACCUACCGUGGGAUUAACGGUUCCCGGUUGGUGGAUGAAAACAGUUGA